AUGCGUUAUUUGUAUCUUUUAAUCCUCUUCACAGCUGUUUUAAUGAUGUUGACGACGAUGGUGAGAAGAUGGGAAACAGAGGCAAGAAUGAAAAGGAAAGAAAUUAAUGGAGAGAUUGAAAGGCACUGGCGUUACAAACCCACUGGUUUCACGAUUACUCCGAAAGAUGCUUGUCCACAAAGUGUUGAGGUACUGCUCGUUGUAUCAUCUGGUAUGACUCAUCAACAACGAAGGGCGUUGAUUAGACAAACCUACGGCAAGAAACAGUGGCAGAAACAGUUCAACUAUCGCGUAAUCUUUGUUGUUGGUCGAAGUUUGCAAGAAGAUGACGAAGAAAUAUUGAAAGAAGAAGCGAGAAUGAAUGGCGAUAUUUUGCAGGCGAAUUUUGUCGAUGGAUACAGGAUGAACACGGUGAAGUUUCUCAACUGGAUGCGCUACGUUCACGACGAGUGUCCAAAGAUCAAAUUGGUCUUGAAAUUAGAUGAUGAUAUCUUGGUAAACAUUCCCUGGUACGUCUCAAGAGCCGCUCAUCCGUCGAAUCAAUGGGAAACCUACUGCUCUGGACCGGCUAUGAUUUUGUCAACCGAUCUGUUCUCGAGGUUGAUCACACGAAUCGAAUCAAAAGAACACUACAAUUCGGUCGACGAUGCUUUUAUCACCGGACAAAUCGCUAAAGAGGUUCACGCUAAACACGAUUUUGAGCUCUACAAAGACAGUUGUUUCUGGAAUGGUCUCCCAGAAUAUGAUGGAAAAAUCGAUAAACCGAUGCUUAGUGGGGGCGCGAUUUUUGGCGAAUAUCGUUCAUCGAGUGGAAUGCGAAGAGUUUGGGAGCAAUUGUUGAUCAUGAAUGGAGCUAUCACCGAUCCACCGGAUCAUCUACCCAAGUCUUUCAAAGAGAGACCAAGUCGGAAUGAUGUUAUU